AUGGAAUGCCAGAGGAACAUAUCCGAAUUUCUUCUCAUCGGGCUAUCUUCCAAGCAGAACAUUGAAGUAUUUUGCUUCAUGUUCUUCUUAUUCUGCUACUUUACUAUCUUGUCUUGGAAUUUGCUGAUUCUUUUCUCAAUUAGAUGCAGUUCUUUGUUCAACAAACCUAUGUACUAUUUCCUCAGUCAUUUAGCAUCUAUGGACAUUUGCUAUACCUCCUGUGUGACACCCAAAUUGAUUGGGGAUCUGCUUGCCGGAAAAAAAAUUAUCUCUUAUACAAACUGCAUGCUACAGGUCUUUGUCAUGCACUUCUUUGGAAUGAUUGAAAUCUUAAUCCUGACAGUCAUGGCCUUUGACCGCUGUGUGGCCGUUUGCAAGCCUCUCCACUACAUGGUCAUCAUGAGCAGAAACAGGUGCCAUAUCUUUAUCUGGGCUUCCUGGGUUGGUGGGGUUGCACACUCCUUUCCCCAGAUUAUGAUGCUAGUCUGUUUGCCCUUCUGUGGCCCCAAUGAAUUAGACCACUACUACUGUGACAUUUUCCCUUUGCUGAAAGUUGCUUGCACUGACACCUACAUCACUGGUGUCCUCAUGGUUGCCAAUUCAGGAAUGAUUGCCUUUGUCAUCUUUGUUUUCUUGUUUGGUUCAUAUGUAGUUAUACUGUUCACAUUAAGGAAUUACUCAGCAGAGGGGAGACGCAAAGCUCUUUCAACCUGUGGGUCCCAUAUCUCUGUGGUUAUUUUAUUCUUUGGACCUACCAUCUUUGCCUACCUUAGACCUCCUACCACUUUCCCUGAAGACAAAAUAUUUGCAUUGUUUUACACUAUCAUUGCUCCUAUGUUCAACCCCCUCAUAUAUACUCUAAGAAAUAAAGAGAUAAGACUGCCAUAA